CAACUCCCAGCAGGCUGAGCGCCUCCAGCGUCGCGCACUUCCGCUUCCGGCUGGGAAGUCAGCGCAGAGCUUGACUCACCUUCACCUGGGGCGACUCCCGCCGAUCCCCGGAGGAAGCCAUGAACGAAAGAGGGACUUAUUUGGUUACCGAGGAAGAGAUUCAUCUUACGAGAGGGCCCUCAGGGCUGGGCUUCAACAUCGUCGGCGGGACAGAUCAACAGUAUGUCUCCAAUGACACUGGGAUCUACGUCAGCCGCAUCAAAGAGAAUGGGGCUGCAGCCCUGGACGGGCGGCUCCAGGAGGGUGAUAAGAUCCUCUCGGUAAAUGGCCACGACCUAAAGAACAUCCUGCAUCAGGAUGCUGUUAACCUCUUUCGUAAUGCAGGGUAUGCCGUGUGCCUGAGAGUGCAGCACAGGUUACCGGCGCAGAAUGGACCUCUUGGACACCGAGGUGAAAGGGAACCAAGUGGCAUUCCCAUGGCUGUGGUGCUGGCACCAUUGUUUGCCCUCACUGUGAUUGAUCCUGAACUGGAAAAGAAACUGAAAAUGAAUAAAGUAUCUUUAGAGUCAGAAUAUGAGAAGAUAAAGGACUCCGCUUUUGAUGACUGGAAGAAUAUUCGAGGACCCAGACCUUGGGAAGAUCCUGACCUCCUCCAAGGACGAAAUCCAGAAACCCUUAAGAAGACUUGAUUCUCUUGAUUUUUUAACAAUGAAAAUAUUAUCAAUUGGACUUCUAGUACAUGUUACAAAUCCAGUAGGAAAACCAGUUUCAGAUAGCAGAUUAUAAAAGAUACUGUCAGGUCAAAUGGAUAUGAAUAAUCUGAUAGUGGAUAAUUUUGAUAAAAAUUAUGUUCCAGUCUUUAUACUUCUCAGCUGUUUCAUUUGCAAAUGAAAAUUAGUAUUUCUUUUUAUUUUGCACUUUUCAAUAAAAAUGUGAAUAUUGAAGAAUGAUUUUGUUCUCCAGCUACCAUCCGCACCCCUUCCAGCAGCCACUAGGGUAACAGUUUGUUACUUUGCCAUGAUUGCUAAUGAGAACAGUAGGUCUGGAUCCAAAUUCUCAUUAAAAUCGAACUGAUUUGUACCAAGCCUAUGUAAGAAAAUAUUAGUGACCACAGUCUAAUAAAAGUCUUUACUUAUAGUA